AUGACCUUUGAGGAUAAGAAAAAAGCUGAGGUUUUCAGGGCCUUCUUUACAGCUGUCUCUAAUAGUCAGAUCAAUUACACUCAGGGAACUCAGCCUCCUUAUCUGGAAGCCUGGGAUGAAGAGCAGAAUAAACCCUCCAUGAUUCAGGUGGAAACAUUUAGAGAUUUGCUACUCCACCUGGACUGCCACAGAGCUGCGGGUGCCCAGACACCAGGAGGGUACACAGAAGGGAGAGCUGGCCCUGGCCAGCAGAAGGGCGUUCCGUGCCACGUGGCCGUGCUCAGCAAUGGAAGGUAUGAGGGUGAUAUAAGAGAGGAAAGACAAGAGGUGUUCACAGCGAUGGCGUUUGUCUUCCCAAGUGAUGCUAACGGACCGCCGCAUGGAGCCAAGUCGAGAUUUUACAUUCUCAGAAACGCCGGGGCUCGCGUGCUACCGGCCCCCCGUUUUACUCCUCGCCUAAACACGGUCCUCCCCUCGAGCGCCGCUGAUCCCCGGCCGCAUUCGGCCGCAGACGGCGAGCCCCGCGGCGGGCGGAGGAGAGAGCGGCGACCUGUCCCGCGCGACCGCCAUGGAGACCUAGAAGAUGGACACACGUUAUUUGACUACAAUGUUGGACUCAAUGACAUUGUUCAGCUUUUGAUACGUUCUGAAUCUGAAGCUCCUGCCACUGCUUCUGUGACUGAUCAAGAUGGAGAAGUCAAUCCCUGUUCUAUUUCUAACUGUAAGAACAAAGUAAAAAAAACAAGUAGUGGAUCACCUAGUCAGCCAUCUACAUCAUCUCGCUCAUUUCUCAUUGAUCCUGGCAUAGGAUUGUACAAGAUAAAUGAGUUGGUGGAUGCACGUGAUGUCAGCAUUGGAGCCUGGUUUGAAGCUCAUAUAGAAAACGUUACCCGAGCAACAAAGGGACAAAAGAAUGGUAAAGCUCAAGGAAAGAGCAGUAAUACUUACAAAAGGACUAACGGAAGCUUAAGUCAAGAUCAUUCUAGAGAGAAUGCAAAUAAUUUGGACAGUACACCAUCUACAUCUUAUUCAGACUGUAUGGACACUGAAGAAGUUAUUUAUCAUAUCAAGUAUGAUGAGUACCCAGAGAGUGGCGUAGUAGAAAUGGACAUCAAUAAUCUUCGACCCCGAGCAAGAACAAUUCUGAAGUGGAGUGAAUUAAAAGUGGGUGACGUGGUGAUGGUUAACUACAAUGUUGAGACUCCAGAAGAAAGAGGAUUUUGGUUUGAUGCAGAAAUUACCUCUUUGAGAGAAAUCUCAAGGACUAACAAAGAGGUUCAUGCUAAAAUUCUGCUGGGAGGCCCAGAAGACACGAUAAAUGAUUGUAAAAUCCUUUUUAUAGAGGAAAUGUACAAGAUUGAAAAGCCAGGAGCUUACCCAUUGACAUUUGGUGAUGGAGAUUUCAAAAGAAAAAGUGGCCCUGAGUGCAAGCACUGUAGGGCUGAUCCAGAUAAGGAAUGCCGGUUUUGUUCGUGUUAUUUGUGUGGUGGAAAACAGGAUGCUCACAUGCAACUCCUGUGUGAUGAAUGUAAUAUGGCUUAUCAUAUAUACUGCCUGAACCCUCCCUUAAGCAAGAUACCAGAAGAUGAGGACUGGUAUUGUCCUUCCUGCAAAAAUGAUUCUAAUGAAGUUGUAAAGGCUGGAGAAAAGCUCAAACAGAGUAAAAAGAAAGCAAAGAUGCCAUCUGCCAGUACUGAAAGCCAGAGAGACUGGGGCAAGGGCAUGGCCUGUGUUGGUCGCACUAAGGAAUGCACUAUUGUUCCUUCAAAUCAUUAUGGGCCCAUACCUGGUGUUCCUGUUGGGACAACUUGGAAGUUCAGAGUUCAGGUGAGCGAAGCAGGUGUUCACAGACCACACGUGGGUGGAAUUCAUGGACGCAGUAAUGAUGGAGCUUAUUCACUUGUAUUAGCUGGAGGGUUUGAAGAUGAAGUGGAUCGAGGAGAUGAAUUCACUUACACUGGGAGUGGAGGUAGAGAUCUUUCUGGCAAUAAAAGAAUUGGAGAGCAUUCAUUUGAUCAGACAUUAACACACAUGAAUAGGGCACUGGCUCUUAACUGUGAUGCUCCACUGGAUGAUAAAAAUGGAGCAGAGUCUAAGAACUGGCGAGCUGGUAAGCCAGUGAGAGUGGUACGUAGUUCAAAAGGACGACGGAUCAGCAAAUAUGCCCCAGAGGAAGGCAACAGAUACGAUGGCAUUUACAAGGUGGUGAAAUAUUGGCCAGAAAUUGGAAAAUGUGGAUUUUUAGUUUGGCGCUAUCUUCUGAGGAGAGAUGAUGUUGAGCCUGCACCUUGGACUUCUGAAGGAAUGGAGAGGACGAAGAAGCUGGGUCUGAGUGUACAGUAUCCAGAAGGUUAUUUGGAAGCCAUGGCUAGUAAGGAGAAGAAAGAUAAGGUUAAAAAGCAAACUGUGAAACAGGAGCCAACCAGCCAGAGUAAUGGAAACCAGAAAAGAACAAUUGAUGAUGGUAUUGAGGAACCUACAAAUACACCUAAAGCCAUGAGAAUGGGAGAUGGAGGGAAAGGAGAAGCUUUUCAGCUGACCCAAGAACAGCAGUGGCUGAUUAGAGAAGAUUGUAUGAACCAGAAACUGUGGGAUGAAGUACUUGCUUCUCUGAAGGAAGGACCAAAUUUUCUGAAGAAACUGGAACAAUCCUUUAUGUGUGUCUGCUGCCAGGAGCUGGUUUACCAGCCAGUGACAACGGAGUGCCUCCACAACGUCUGUAAAAGCUGUUUACAGCGCUCCUUCAGAGCUGAGGUCUUCACCUGCCCUGCCUGCCGCUACGACCUGGGGAAGAGCUACACUAUGGUUCCUAACAAGAUACUGCAGACCCUGUUGGACCAGUUCUUCCCUGGUUACAGUAAAGGACGAUGAUGUGCUCAGAUCCUUCUGAAUUCCUCCCAGUGACUUUAUAGACAGUUAAGGAGAAUAAACGUGGGAAAUUCAACAGUUGACCAGCCAGCUUGAUGGGACUCAAUAUGUUGUCACAUUUUGAAGCAGCUCACCCUCUUCCCCUCAUAGCCAUCUUUUUGGUGUAGUGAGAUCUCUUAAUUCUCGGCUGUCUUUUAACAUCAAGGGUAGUUUGGGCCAGUUAAUGAAUAGUUUUUAAAGAGAAAAAUGAAAAGCUUCAGCUCCCACUGACCUAGCUGAUGCUUGAUUUAUGUUAUUUUUUUUUGUAACUACCUCAGGACAGAGGAAAAUAAAUUAUGGGGAUGACAAAAAGUUAGCGAAUUUUUAGCUACACACUGCCUCCUGAAUAAUAGUUGUGCCUGGUCCGUGUGGUUUGAUUUACAA